GAGGAGAAAGCAGAUUUGCAGUGUAAAAUCAAUCCACCUGUUGAGGAGAUAUCUGUGUUUAAUCACAUUUGAGAAACAUUUGGACUAGUAGUGAUGGAAGGGCACAAUGCUGGGUCACAACACCAAUUCACAAGGUUUCGGAAAUACUUCAGUACCUACACCAUAACAGGCAGAAUAAAUUAUGUUAUAGCUACAUAUGCAAUGCUUGCAAGUAUCAUCCUGUAUUUUAAACUGAGGCCUAAGAAGAAAACUCCAGCCGUGACACAGAAAUAAGAUGGGUUGACAUGUUGACACUGGACCAUGCACGUAAUAUAACUAGUAGAAGUUGAUGUACACUUCAAUAUAUCAUGAACAAUGA